AAUGUCUUCCACCGGAAACACUUGCUGAGUGGAUCCACCGGUUUUCACUUCCUACAUGUCCACUGCUAACAGAGCUGCACAAUGCAAAUACUAACUUUAUUAGGAUUAUUUUCAGCAUGCUUUUUAGCAAACAGCAUCAACAUCGAGAAUAGCGCAGGGCAGUUCUUCAGCAGUGGGCAUACGAACAAUUGGGCCGUUCUGGUGUGCACAUCCAGAUUCUGGUUCAACUACCGACAUGUGGCAAAUACUCUAUCUGUGUACAGAAGUGUGAAGAGGCUGGGCAUCCCUGACAGCCACAUAGUUCUGAUGCUGGCUGAUGACAUGGCUUGUAACCACAGAAAUCCCAAACCUGCUACAGUGUUCAGUCACAAAAACAUGGAGCUGAAUGUGUAUGGUGACGAUGUGGAAGUGGACUAUCGAGGUUAUGAGGUAACUGUGGAGAACUUCCUGCGAGUUUUGACUGGGCGCCUGCCUCCCAGCACACCACGCUCUAAACGCCUCCUUUCUGAUGAUCGAAGCAACAUCCUCAUAUACCUGACAGGCCACGGUGGGAAUGGCUUUCUGAAGUUCCAGGACUCUGAGGAGAUUAGUAAUGUGGAACUGGCAGAUGCUUUUGAGCAGAUGUGGCAGAAAAGAAGGUACAACGAGCUGCUCUUCAUCAUUGACACCUGUCAAGGCGCCUCCAUGUAUGAAAGAUUUUACUCUCCAAACAUCAUGGCUUUGGCCAGCAGUCAAGUUGGAGAAGACUCCCUGUCGCACCAGCCAGAUUUGGCCAUAGGAGUCCAUUUGAUGGAUCGUUACACGUUCUACAUGCUGGAGUUCCUUGAAGACAUCCAUCCUGCAAGCAAAACCAACAUGAAUGAUCUGUUCAAAGUGUGUCCAAAGAGUCAGUGUGUGUCCACUCCAGGCCAUCGUACUGACCUGUUCCUGAGAGAUCCUGGAAGUGUUCUCAUCACAGAUUUCUUUGGUAGUGUCCGCAAGGUUGAGCUCACCAUGGAUGCCAUCAACUUGACUGACCCCAUCAAGCAGAUGGAGGAGAAUCCUGUAAAUGGAGAGGAGCAAAAAGAGGUGUACUCGUACGCGGACCAGCUGCCAGUGUCUGAGAUCAUCCAUCAGAUGUCUUUGUGCCGUUUCCAUGGCGACAUCUCUAAGUGUGAAAUGCAACUGCCUCCCGGUCUCGGUGCGGAGGGGCCACCAUGAAAUCCAGCAGAAAGGAUAGGCAGGAUUGUGGAAAAGAAUUGUGCAUUCACCUCAUUCCCAAAUGAAUUGUGACUUUCACUCGGGUCGACCUUCACAAAUGAACACCUCUUCCUCCUCAAUCCAGCUUUAGAAUGCGCGCUGUGCAUUCAGAAUAGCCCGGCUCUGGUCUUGUAUUACUCUCGUAAGAUUUUUCCAUUAUGAGACUAUUAAAAAUACAAUUUCCGUAUUUCUACUUCAACUUAUGCCUCACAAAAGUAAAGAAUCCACAUUAAUCUUUGCCUCGAGCAAGAGUAGACAUUAUUGGUGAUUACAUUUGGGGUUCAGCCUUGCGAGCUGCCCGCCUUUUUAAAAUACAGAGAGUGGACACGUUAAUAUCGACGCGUACACAGUGCAUUUGCAGGGCAAGACCAGAUUUGAUUGAACUUUGGAAACCUAAAAAGUCACUUUGUAUGCACUCUGAAUGUGGAGUGUGCUGCUUAGUUUUUCUUUGCGUGUUUUAAUUAGUUCCUGCACAUGUAAAUGCGAUGUAUGAUGAUCAGAUGAAAUGUGGUGAACGGAGCAUCUAGUUAGUUUUGCUUUUACUGACAUGUUUUUUUUAGCUUUGCAUAGCGCUCAUCUAACAUAGCAUUAUUCAGGUGCAAUACUGCAUAUUGUCUGAACAUUGCAUGCCGUCAAAGUCAUUUUACAUUGUGGGCCACAUACAGCACACUUUGAUCUUCAGUGGGCCGACACAGUGAAACUUUCCUGUCUGUCAGUCUUAAUUUGAACUUAAUCUGUGAGAUAGCUCAAUAUAAGUGCAAGUUAAACGGUAUGUCUCAGUUUUUCUACAUGACAAAAAAAUCCUGCUGUAGUGAAUGAAAAAAAUCUGUCUGCAUGACUCUUUGUGCUUAAGUUGUAAGAAAUAAACUGCAGACAGUAGAUAGUGGGGAAAAACAGGAACGUUUCUUUUAUGACUUAAUUAAUGUAUUUAAGAAUGGAUGCCUUCCUUCACAUUUUCAAAAGUCGUCCAAUGAGCCAGAUUGUAGUCGUUGCUGGGCGUAUUCUGGCCUCUGAGCCUUAUGUUUGACACCCCUGUUCAAACAGACACAUUGAAGCUUUGCCUAAUCUAAUUAGUGAAAAUAAUUGGCCAGAUGAUAGCUGAAGGAUAAAUUGUAUUAAGCCACAACAUUUUCUUGGUUCUUUUUUUUCAGUCUUUUUUGUUUCUUAUUCUUUGUUCUUCAAACAGUUUUAGCCAAUGUUUAUAUUUGUCGAAAUGCUAAAUGGUCUGUUUGGAUUUAACCAAACUUUAUGACUGUGUUUUUUUUUUUU